AUGGCGGAUUCCAAUCCUGUUCAAGAGGCCACUGCCUCCAUUGCCAACCUUCUUCUCGAUGAUGUCACCGGCGAGAAAGUCUCCAAGACUGAAUUGAAGAGACGCCAGAAGCAGCGUGAGAAGGACGCCAAGAAGAAGGAGAAGGAGGCUGCUGCUCCCCCUAAGCCCAAGGCCGAGAAGAAAUCAUCUGCCGAGGAUGACGAGGCCAACUUGACUCCUAACCAAUACUUCGAGAUUCGUAGCAAGAGGAUCAACAAGCUGCGCGAAACUAAGCAGCCGGAUCCCUACCCACACAAAUUCCACGUCGACACCGAUCUCCGCAAAUUCGUUAAGGAUUAUGAGGGUCUCCAGAAGGGCGAACAGAAGCCCGAUGUUACCGUUCGCGUUGCUGGCCGUAUCUAUACCAAGCGUACCUCCGGCAACAAGCUGAACUUUUAUGACAUCCGCUCAGAGGGUGUUAAGAUCCAGGUAAUGUGCCAAGCACAAUUCUCGACCGGAAAGCUCUUCGAAGAGCAGCACGAGCUACUUCGCAGAGGUGAUAUUGUGGGCAUUGUGGGUUUCCCUGGUCGGACCAACCCCAAGAACCGUGACGAUGGUGAACUUUCUAUCUUCGCCACUGAGGUUAUUCUUCUGGCCCCUUGUCUGCAUGCGAUUCCUUCAGAGCACUACGGCUUCCAGGAUAAAGAGCAGCGUUUCCGCCAGCGCUACCUAGAUCUCAUCAUGAACGACCGGUCACGUGAUAUCCUUCGUAAUCGAUCUAAGAUUGUUUCCUACAUCCGCCAGUACUUUGAAAACCUUGAUUUCAUUGAGGUUGAGACUCCUAUGAUGAAUGCCAUUGCUGGUGGUGCUACAGCCAAGCCCUUCGUUACCCACCAUAAUGACCUCGACAUGGACCUCUUCAUGCGUGUCGCUCCCGAGCUCUACCUCAAGAUGCUGGUUGUUGGAGGGCUCGAGCGUGUGUUCGAAUUGUCCCGCGUGUUCCGAAAUGAGGGAAUUGACCUUACUCACAACCCCGAGUUCACAACCUGCGAAUUCUACCAAGCUUACGCGGAUGUGUACGACCUGAUGGACUUGACUGAGGACCUUGUCUCGAAUCUGGUUAAGCACGUUACUGGUGGUUACGAGACCGUAUUCCACACUCAGUCUGGCGAAACCUACAAUGUGAACUGGAAGGCUCCCUGGAGGCGGGAGACCAACGAAUUCCUUAAGCGCGUUCUGAAGAAGAUGAACGUGGAUUGCUCGGCUCCUCAGACCAAUGCCCGCAUGCUCGACAAGCUAGUUGGCGAGUUCAUCGAGAACACUUGCAUUAACCCCACUUUUAUCACCGGUCACCCCCAGAUGAUGUCGCCACUAGCUAAGAAGCACCGUCAAAUGGCUGGUCUUUGCGAGCGUUUCGAGGCCUUCGUUUGCACCAAGGAAAUCAUCAACGCCUACACGGAGUUAAACGAUCCCUUCGACCAGCGUAUGCGCUUCGAGGAGCAGGCCAAUCAGAAGGAUCAAGGUGACGACGAAGCUCAGAUGAUUGAUGAGACUUUCUGCCAAUCCCUCGAGUACGGUCUGCCCCCGACUGCUGGUUGGGGUCUGGGUAUUGACCGCAUCGUCAUGUUCCUUACCGACAACUACAGCAUCAAGGAAGUGUUGACCUUCCCCAUGAUGAAAGACGAUAAGACUGCUGCCGACCCCAAGACUGCUGCCGAAGUCGUCGGUAUCGAGCCUAGCCCCGAAGAAGGAAUCCCCCACAAAUGA